AAGGGUCAAAGGUCACCAAUUUAAAAGAAAGGCGUUUGAGUUAUCAAAGUAAAGCAGUUAAGGCUAAGGUGUUCAAAGAGAAGGCGAAUGCAACAAAGUUGUUGCUUAUUAUUCAGAUUUGAAAUGGAUCAAUAUCUUGAAAUUGCUAAAUCUACUUUAAAGCAGUGGCUUCCUAAAAAUGAAAAGGUAGCUACUACUAGUAUAGGUAUAGUAUAGGCAUAGGCAUAGCGGAUAGCGGCAUAGUAAAUUACUUAUAUUAAUAAUUAAAUUAUUAAACUUAUUUUUUUUUUAAAAUUAUGACUUAUCAGACUUGUCUCAUUGUCAGUAACUUGUCUUUUAGUUUUAGGUUUCAGCUUUAGUUUUAAAAUUUAGCAACUCACCCAGGCCCAACAAGGCCAGUCAUCGGACUCAUCCACACUAAUCACUUAACAACCAAUAUUUAAAUUUUGUCGUUCAUUAUUAGUUAAAUAAAGACAAUUACUAAUUACUAAAAAUUAUGAUAUUUUAAUUUUAGCUUACUACUUAGUUACUUAGUAGUAAUUCAAUGUCAAUAAAUAUAAAAGACUUUUAAAGAAUUCAGAAUAAGCUACAAAUUACAUGAAAUUAAUCUUAUCAAUUGACUCAAUUGUUAUAUUAAUCGGUAGUUAAGGCUUAACUUAAGGCAAGGUAGUCUUGGACAGCCACCUAUUUGCCUAUUUUAUUACAUUUUCAUUUGUUAGGUUAGGCCUGUGUAAAUUAAAAUAAUCAAUUUAUUUUAGUCUAUGUCAUGUUUUUUCAUUUGGCUUAUAACGUAUAUUAGAUAAGGCUGUGGCUAUUCUGACCCGGGAUUCAGACAAGGAAAAGAGUGAGAGGUUGAGCUUAUUAAAAAAUAUUAAAGAUUUAAAAUAUUAUUGUUGGGUCUGUAAGACAACUUUGGCAUGAAAGAUAAUGGAAUGGACCAUAUGUUUAUAAACUUAGAUCUACCUCUUCAGCAAUGUUCCCUCUAAGGUUUGUUGGUUCGUGUGCACAUUUUUACAGCAUCAAUUUUUUUGUGCGCAAAAUUUUACAGCCUACAGACACAAACUUAAGUGGAAAUUAGCUGCGCGGUACUCAAAAUGGCUGCGCGGCAUCUGUGAGAUUGCUGCGCGGCCACGCAGCUUAAAGGGAACAUUGUUCUUCAGUUUAACUAAAAUAAACUACCACCAAUGACAUCCGAUAGCCAUUUAGUCUAAAGGACCCGGGUCAGUAUAGUGGUUAUUUGGACCCAAAUAAGCCACUUCGAUUAGUUAAUUAAUGACUAUUGUUAUCCACAGACUGAGACUGUCUUCCUAUAACUUUUUUGCCUUUCCUUGCUUUUAGCAAAACAACCAUCAUUUAAAUUUAACAAACUGUACUAGAAAAUGAAAAUUAAAUUUCAUUUCCACUGACUUCCAGGCUACUUUUGUCAUUCACAGCAACAUUUGUGGUCUAUCUUGCUUGAAAAAAUGUCAACCUCCGAAUAACACCAAAAAAUUAAUAAGCCAUUGGCAAUUGAUUUGAUUAAUUUACUUCAAACUCUUUUAUUAAAAUUCACUUUAGACACCAAACAUUACAAAGUAAUUUAUUGUUGGAAUAUGCUUGCAGUUGCAUUUUGUUCUUCUUACCACUAUAAGGGGACAUAGCUGACUAAUAUAAUUAAAGCACCUAAAAUAAGAAAUCCUUUUAAAAGAAAAUCAAGUAAUGAUUAAAUAUUAUUUUUCUUGGUAAAACAAGUCAUGAUUGUAUUUUCUUUUCAGGAGCUUGAAUGGUGGAUAAAAUUUAGGAAACCAGAAGAAAUUCUUAAGAAGCAUGCAACAUAUCUCUAUUGUGAAGUGAUCUUAUAUAUUAUUGGAUUCUUGACCUUAUACCAUGGUAAAGAUUUAGUAGAUGAACUUUUAUAAUUUAAAGAAGUUUUUUUUACAUUUUAAAAUUUUACCGUACCCAUACAUUAUUUUAAUUAAUUAUUUUUUGCUGGACAGAAUGUUAAAAAAUAUUGAAAUAAUGAAGACUCAAACGCUUGAACACAAAUAAGUUUAGUCAUACGUUUUUCAAAAAUCCAAACUUUUUUGGAAAGUUGUAAUUAUUCUAAAGAGCUAUUGAGGAAUGAUAUAAAUUGCCAUAUAUUUAAGUUAAUUCAAAUAAAACUUGCAAGAUGUCCAUGGAAGCAAAACCAAAAAGACACUUAGAUAGUUUUCCAUGUCUUAAUAUACACAAAGCCAUCCCUUAACAACGUUGGGGAACAAAGAAAGGGAUUAAUUUUGAUCACUAGCAUUCUUUCUAGCAGCUCUCAGGUGGGCAAAGCUUGAGAAAGGGUAAAAAGAAUUAAUUGAACAUUACAAGUUAAUUUUAUUUUAAAAUAAUUAGUUUUUGUCUUCAGCUAUGCAAAGUGGUGGAAGGUAUCGUUGGUUAUGGUUUGCUGCUAUUGCACAUGGGUUGACAGUGGAGUCUGUUAGCUAUUUUGUACCUGAUAUUGACAACUUUUGGCAUGCACAGUCAAUGGUAAUGCUCCUGGGCCAGCGUCUGCCCCUACACAUAAUUUUUCUGUGUAAGUUUGUAUAGAAUUCUAUUAAAUUAUGGUAAUAAAAGCAAUUGAUAUAUUUUUAGUAUGGUUAAGAAAAUAUUCUCUAAGAAAAGAAAGAAAAAAGAUUAUCAUACAAACAACAAAAUUAGUGUCCUAAAAAUGAUGAUAAAUUACUAUAAAAAUUAAAACAAAAUUUAUUAGUUUUUCUUUAAUAUUGUUUCCAAUAAGUGAAUAAAAGAAAAAUUAGAGCAUUUUUACUAAUAGAAGAAAACUGUAAUUGCAAUAAGCUUUUAUUAAGAUUGCAAGUUAGUUUUGUAAAUUUGUGUUCAUUUUUGUUGGAUUUCCUUUAGAGCUUCAUAUAUGCCACUUCAAAUUUGCCACCUGCAUUACAUUUCCUUUUUCCCUUUAGAUCCUGUAUUUAUCUAUACAGCUGUUGUAGCUGUCUCACACAUGAAUCUCCGCUGGUGGGCUGAACCAUUUGCAGGUCAUUAUGCUAUGUUAUAAUUACAAUAAUAUUUUUAAAUAUCAAUUUUUUAAAAUUGUGUUGAUGCCAGAAUACUUUAUUGACAUUUUCUAGUUUAUCUGAUGAAAUAAAACCUUUAAUUUCACUAUAAUAAAGAUGUGUAUUCUUUAUUGGUGUUCAGGAAUAUCUCAUUUCCUUUUUUUUCUUGAACAGUUGGCUUGACAGUUGUGCUAAUAGAUAUUCCAUUUGAUAUAAUGGGUAUUAAGCUUCUGUGGUGGACCUGGCAUGAUGAUGACCCUAACAUCUAUGAUCGUCAUUACUAUGUACCAUGGACAUCAUAUUAUUUCCAUGCAGCUUUCUCAAGCUCAUUUGCUUUCCUUUUCUUAAGUCUUCCAAACAUAUUGUGCAGUUCUGGACUUAAGUUUCGAAGCUCGGGGUUUGUGCAUUUACUUCGAAGUGGUUCUGAAUUAUAUUCAUAACAAAUUUUAAUUGAUUUAGUUCUUUUAAAGCCUUUAUAAUUUAUUAUAGUUAAAAUUAUCAUUCUUUCUCAUAACAGUAGACCAAAACUUUUUUUAUAAUCAAAGAUGAAAAAUUACUGACCAAUAGCCUCAAUCAUUGAUUAACCUAUUUUUUUUUUUAUUUACCAAAGAAAUCCUUUCAACCUAUGCAAUGUCCAGUAAAUAUCAAUAAUUUAAUCCUCAGAUUUUUUGUUGAGCUUUUAAUUCUGAUUGCUACUGGUCUUUUUUCGAUGCCGCUGGGCAUCCUGCAAUUUAUUCCUGUCUACCAUCCCCUACAUGACUCACUUGCGAUUCAUUCUGAAGUUUGCGUACUGCUAUUAUUGAGUGUGUUCAGUUUUAUUGUAUGGAGUGCUGAUAGGACACCACUUGAGUCAGCAAGGCAACCACGAUCAAGUAAGCUAAGAGUUUGACAUAAAUGUUUUAAGUACUUUAUUAACGGCAAUGUUAAGUACACCUAGACCAGGGGUCUCAAGCUCAAAUCAUCCGGGGGCUGCAGGAGGUAGAGUCUGAGAGAGACUGGGCUGCAUCAAGUAUUCCACAAAAAAGCGAUUACAAAUUCAAUAAAGUACAACUUUUCCAAUCUCUUCAACCUUCAUUAAUAACAAAUAAAAACAUUAAGGGUGCUCAAGAACUAGUCUUCACUUUCUUCCUCCUACUCCUUGUUGCCAGAGAUCUGGCAGCGUUUCUUCUUACACAACAUUUGGCUUGAGUGGAGAAGCAACUAAGACACUCAGUAUAGCUUGAAGAUGCUCAUCUGUAAGUUUUGCCCUGAAUUUUGACUUGUUAAAGUUCAUCACACUAAAGAGCUUUUCACACAGAUAGGUACUCCCAAAAAAAGUACAUGAUCCGCAUGAACAGCCUGGAAAUCUCAGUGAAAGCAAGGUGGAAGGCAAUGCUCUCAAAAAUUAUCCAUGUUUUUUCCAUUCACCUUCCUGAGCUUAGAAUUGCACUGGAGAUCAAUCAGCUCCAUUUGAAGUGCAAAAGCGGGGCAUCUUCCACAUUGAAGAAGAAAGGGUCAGCAUAAAGUUGUAAAGUGGCUCUGUGUGUUUUGAAGUCUGAAAACAUGUGAUUGAAUUUUUCCUGUAUCUUUGCAAUGGCAUCAGUAUACUGAAUGGCGUGCCAGAGUGCAUGAGUACUUUGCAUGUUGGGAAAUGGCAGAUGUUUCUCUAAGAACCAUAACACAAGUUUUGUGCAGAAUACCCUGACGUUGUCAUAGGCAACACUGACAAGCUACCCUGGUCUUGUAACUUCUUGUUCAGCUCCUAUGUAAUGUCAACAAGAAAAGCCAAGUUCAUGAGCUAUUUGGGAUCACUUAGUAAAGGAACAACCACCCCAUCCUUCUCCUUGAAGGCUUUAAAUGCUAAAACAUGUUCAAACAAGAGCAGGCAUAAGUUAUUAUUAUUGAUGCGAAGGAAGAUGCUAUUGUAGGGACAUUGAAUUUUGUUUUGUUAUCGUAGAAAAGGUCUUUUUGACUAACCCUAUUUUGAAAGUGACCAAGCUGACAGGCUCGCAAUUCCCCUCACUCCUAAACACUAGCGGCAAUUCUAAUAGGGAUCCUUUGAUACUGUGUCAGAUUGCCAUGAUUUACACAAUUAAGCUUGUGCAAUACUCACUAACUGACUUUUUAAAACAUUUCUCAAAACCACACUUUGGCCAUGUUUGUCUCAUAAAAUGCUAUAAAAUAAAAACUUUUAGUCCGAUUUUAAAACAGUUUUCACCAUUGUAACCAACGUCCAAUCUAUAAAAACAUAAUAAAAAUCAGAAUUAGACUAGUCGGUGAGAUUCGACCAAGUGUCAUUAUGGAUAUGAGAAUGGGGAAAACACACGUGCCGCAUUAACACUAAACUUUGCUGUCAUGUGUCGGGCCGCAAAAUAUCGUCUUGCAGGCCGCAAAUGGCCUGCGGGCCACGAGUUUGAGACCCCUGGCCUAGACAUAAGAGCUGGAAAAAGUGUUUGUAUCCAACUGGAAAGAGUGGUGUCAGAAAGAGGCUACUUGAAGAAGAUAAUUGAUGCCUAUUGUUCCAUUUUAACCAGAACGUGCUGAAAAGAAAAAUAUGUGAAACUGCAUAGAGUAUUAUCAUACAAACCAAUAAAAAUUAAUAAAAGUAUUUAAUGCAAAGCAAUAAUCUAUAAAUACACUAUCAGUCCAUAAUUUUAAAUAUAUUUUAAUAAUGCAUUCCAUUUAAUAUUGGUCUGAUAAUAACCGGAUUUUCGACAUUAGAUUUAAUACACAUAUAUUCUUAGAAAAAAGUAUCAUAUUAUAUGGUUGUUGUUGGUCCGUCAACAUGGACUAGGACCAUCUAGUCAUCCGGUUGGGGGGAGGGGGGGUCAUCACGGUGACUUCGUAGGUGGUUUGGUAGUCUGAUCGUUGCUUGGAAUAAUCUCUGGCACCGCGGGCAGGGGAUAGUUGUUGUAGUUGGUGAUCUAAGGUUGCUCUUUCAGGCUAGCCUGCAUGUCUCAGCUGUGGCUAUCCUACUGGCUUCAUGAGAUUGAGGCCCCUUCUUGACAGCUGAUCUCCACCUGGCUCUGUCCUGACCCAUUCAAUAGGGUUGAUGCUGAAGGCCUUUAGUGCGGCUUUCAGCGAGUCUUUGUAACGCUUCUAUUGACCUCCUUGCCUAUUGUAAGUUCUCCGAAGAAUAUCUGUUUAGGGAGCCGGUUGUCUUCCAUACGGGCUAUGUGUUCCAUCCAACGGAGUUGAGACUGCAUGAGGGUGGUGAAGAUGCUAGGUAGAAAGAUAUGACCCAAUGUUACCGAGAUAAUAAUGGAAGGCAUUUUGCGUUACUUUAUAAUUGCUAUUGCAAAGUCAUAACAUCUAACAAUCAAAUUUUUACGUAUGUAACUGAAAAAUAUUAUGACAAUAUUCCAGGACCUUGAAAUAUAUAUUUAGGAAAUAGUUAAUCAGACUUUCCUUGUUUUAAAAAGUAUUAUCUAUGUAUUGAUCUUUACGUUUCUAACAUCAGUUUGUUUUGAGAAAUAAUCUUCAGUAUAAUAUAUGCCCACCCUACCAUUUUAAGGACCUUUUUUUAGUAAUAAUGCUAAUACUGUAAUGAAAAAUGUAGAUGUAAUAAACUUGCAGGUGGGAUUACUCAGACAAAUUUUCAAAAUUUGUUGCAUUAAAUCAAUAUAUCCCCAGAUCUGUUCAAAGUAAACUCUUUGGUACUUGGUGUUCUACUGCAUUAUGGGUUUUACAUUUAUCUGGUGUUGGCAGCCAAACCCCAGGAAAUUGUUUCAGUUGGUUACCAUCAAACCGUUGGCGCAUGCGAUGUUCCAGUCAAAGUACUCACUCCACUUGGUCAUGUAAGUUGCUAUAAUAAUGCUACCAUAAAAAUUGCCUCUCCAUUUCAUAAAUGAACAGUUACAUUUUUAAGGCCAUUAAGUUCGUAUUAAAUUGUAAAAUGACUAGCUAAGAGAGUAGACUAUAUGAAGAAGAUUCUUGGAUUUAAAAAUAUUAAUUAAAAACCAUUAAAAAAAACUUAGCUAUUUCUUAUACAAACUAAAAAAAAGUUAAAUAUUUUUAUUUAUGAUUAUAUAAAAAUUAUUAGUUAUAUUUUGAUAAUUUUCAUUGCUCCUUUCUUAAAACAUUUUGCAGUUUUUUUUGUUCAUAUGUUGCUUUUAAUGUAUUUAUAAUAUUUAUAUACAUUUUUUUUUAUAUUCUGAAUUGACAGUUAUUGAAAAAGAACAAGUACUUAUGUGUUGACCAUUACUAUGAAGAAUAUUUUGACUUCAGCUGUGUGAAGACUUUACCAAGCUCUAACGUAGGAUGGUAUACAAUUUGUGGCACACCUUAUAAGAAUCAUGAGGAAUAUAUAUUAGUUGUGUCUGCCUUCUGUGCUUUUGGACUCUUUUGGUUCUGGCAACUGCUGUGUAGAUCUGGCAACCAACCCAGAACUUCCAAGCCAACACCUCGUGUCAAACAGCACUGGGAUUGAGAGAGUUUCAAAUGCAAUCAGGUUUACAUUUAAUGAGGAAACAUUCCUUUUCACCAAACCAAAACCAUCCCCUUAAUUAUUUUGAUUGGCAUGAUGAUUUAGCCAACAGAUGGCUAUUGAAAAAUCUAAAUUAUUGAAUUGAAAGUUACGAUAGGCUUACUUUUAUAUGAAAUCUCUUUGUAAUGGAAACUAAUUUUUAUGAUUGUAAUGAUGUUAAGUUAGAUGAAAACUUUUAUUUCAGGUAAAUUUACAAUAUAAUUCAGUUGUUUUGUAUCCUAUGUCAAUCUCUUGGCUAAAUAUUUAUUUAGUUAAUAUUUAUAAUCAACUUAUCAUGCUUAUCCUCCCUUUACUUUAAAAAAAAAAAUCAAAACAUGACAUUUCUUAAAAAGAAAAUUGACAAUUUUCUUGUAUUUCUAUUCAUAAUGUACCACUUUGUUUGUAAUUACUGCUAUUUUUGUUCUGUUUACACUAUCUACAAUAUAAUGUAAGACUUUGUUGUCAAUACUCAAAAAAAAAUGUUAACAUUGCUUUGUUAAAGUUGUUAUUUAUAUCUGUAGCAGUCAUCUACAUUCUAGUUUUAUCUUAACCCAUCUUUUCUAUCAUUCCGUGAAUGGUGUUAGUUUUGAUAAUUAUUUAAGGUGCAACUUAUUGUUAAUAAUUUGAAUAUAAAUUUACUUAGUGUGUUAUUUCUAAAAAAAAAUGUUUAUCUUGAAUUAGAGAUCAUAGAAAAAAUUAAAUAUGAAUACAUUUAUGCCUUAUGUUCACAUUUGUCAUUGAGAUUUUAUAAUUUCUGUUUCAUGUGUUUUCUUUAUACAAAUAAUUGGUUUGUUAAUAGAAAUUU